GGCUGGAUCCGAGUUUUACAUAUAUCCUUUUGUCCUUUGAGUGCUUACGAACUAAAACAAAAGGCAUACCGAAGGAGAAAGAAAAGAUAUAUCCUUAUAGAAAGAGAUUGAAAAUAUCCGUAUUAGCUGUGAGGAUUCAGUGAAAAAUAACAGCACACCAUGAUCCGCUCAAGUGGCUGGAAACCAUGCAGGUCUUCAGUGUUGAUCCUCCUGGUGGCGACGGUGCUGCCCCUGGUGUGCUCCUUCGUCACCUACACCUUCGUAUCGCUCCCCGACAACUCGAUCGCCCUCGACCAGAACGGCACCUUGGUCGCACUCCUCGUCCUCCUCAAGAUCUUCCUGCUGGGGUCGACCGGAAGACUCCCGGUCAACCUCAACGACCUGUUCUCCAAGUUCCGAGGCAAGCGAGACACGGCGUCAGCGAACGAAGGGGCUCUGGUGGAGGACCUGCCGUGCAUGGUGAGGAUCCUGUGCGAGGUCGAGACGGCGGCCAAGACGGGGAUGGACGACGCCCUGCCCGACGUGGAGGCGCUGCACGAAGGCUCUGUAGACGCUCGAGGACAGACGCUAGACGGAGGAGACCGGGUCGAGGGCACGCUGCUCGACGUCGACCACAUCGCCGACUUCCACGACGAGGCGGUCAGGGCGCUCUACGCCGACCGGAGCGACGACCUGACCGCCCCCAGUCGCGCCGCCCUCGCCAAGCUGGCAGGCCUGACGGGCGAGGGCGGUGCGAGGCUGCCUACGCCCGCUGCCCUGGGCGCUCUCUCCUAAGACGGCCCUGGGAGUCGUCUUCAAGGAGCUGGGCGUGUCUCCCGGCCACAACCAUGGCCACUGGACCGGCGCAGCGAACGGCGUCGAGAUGUGAGCAGGGCGGCGCGGCGAGCGGGCGACGGCGGAAGACGAAGCAGAAGCAGCGGCGUCGAGGAGGAGAAAAGGGAAAAUCUUCAG